AUGUCCCCUCCCAGUAAAUUGUGGCAAACAUUUACUAAAAUAAACCAAAUAUCGGCCAAGUGUAAUUUAUGCAACCAAAUCAUAAAAACCAGUGGAAAUACGUCAAAUCUUAAAGCACAUCUAGAAAAGCAUACCAAGAAGAACGCGGAUGAAACCGAAGGUACAAGCACAACCAAGAAAAAACAGGUUGCGAUUUCAAGCUUUGUGUCUUGUAGCCAAAGUAGUAGCCAGGUCCAGGAAUACGGAAAACGAAAACGAAAAAAAUCUUCUAGUUUGGACAAUGUGGUUUAUGAUCCAGACGAUCCAGAUGAGAUAUCAUCAAUAGCUGUUGGCGGUUCCCAAUAUCACCGUAUAAAUGAAUCAAUUUCUUAUUAUAUCUGUAAAGAUAAUAAGCCAUUUUCUACUGUUGAGGGAAAGGGAUUUCUUCAUAUGAUGAAACAAGUAUGUCCAUUAUACAAAGUUCCCUCAAGAAAUACAAUGAAAAAUAUUAUAGACCAAAAGUAUUCCACUAUUGAAACGCGAUUUCGUUUAGCAUUGCAAGAUAUUAAUUAUUUUUCACUGACAACUGAUAUUUGGACUGAUACCCAACAGAUGAAUAGUUUUCUUGGUUUAACUAUACAUUUUUUGGAAAACCAAUCUUUACAAUCUGGUACUUUUGGAGUCAUUGAACUUAAUCAAUCACACACUGCCGAGUACAUAUCCAGAGAAAUAUCAAAUUGUUUAAAUAGAUGGAGUGUUGACAAAUCAAAAAUUGUAGGAAUUACUAGCGAUAAUGGGGCAAACAUGGUGAAAGCAGCUAAAGAAUUAUUUGGUGUUGAAAAACACAUUCCAUGUUUUGCACACACAAUCAAUCUUGUGUUUGAAAACGUAAUAAAAAACACUGAUUCGUUAUUAAAUCUCUUAUCAAAAGUGCGAGAAGUUGUAAAAUAUUUCAAACGCAGUACACAUGCUAGUGAUCAGCUUAGGAAAAGGCAAAUUGACGAAGACGUCAGCACGCGUUGGAACAGUGUAUAUUACAUGGUGCAACGGUUUCUAGAAUUGUCUUCAUUAAAGAACCUUCAUUUCAAAGAUCCUGUUGAUUGUUACAAAGCUAUUGCAGAGUUAAAAAAUUUAGAAUCAGCAUCAGACCAAAUGGUUAUGCAAUACUUAGGAACACCGGUUAUAAAUCUCUCCCGAGAUCCUAUUGAAACAUGGGAAGAAAUGAAAACGUUCCAUCAGAGAGGCUGUUCUCUAAGGCUGGAGCCACGUUAUCAAAAGAACGCAACAGGUUGUUGGGAAAAAAUGCUGUCAAAAUUACUAUUUUUAAACUCAAUUGAUGAUAAAUACUGGUUUUGA